GCGACGUGUGAGGCAGUCGUCCAGUUGUGUGCCGCUGUGACAUCUGGCGUUUUCCCGCGGCAGACUCCGCGAUGGUGGAUCAAAUGACGGACGGGCGGGACAUGGGAGGACCUCCGGCUUCGGACGACGCGACGGACGAGUACUUCCGACAGAAGCUGCGCAUGUCGACGGCCAUGUUCAACCACAUCGUAGCCGCGUGCGCCGCGUACAUGGAGAAGAAGGUGACGCACUAUCGAAUGCCAUUGCCAGUGGAGCAGCUGAUUGCUUUCGCUUUAUACAGGUGGGCGUCCGGAGAGACGUACGAGAGCGGCACGUCAGCAUUUGGCAUCGGCAGGGCAACUGGACUACAGGCCGUCCGCGACGUCACUUCGGCGCUGCUGCAAGCGUACCCCGACGCGAUAAAGUGGCCAAUGGGCAGGAGACGUGCACAGAUUCUGCGCGCUUUCCGUGAGAAGGGUUUCCCAAACUGCUUCGGCGCUAUCGACUGUACACACAUUGUGGAUUUGGAUUUGCAGAUCCUCGACGUCCACGUUGGAUACCCUGGAAGUGUGCACGACGUCCGUGUCCUGCACAAUUCCCAGUCGUUUAGGCGUGCAGAAAGUGGCGAGCUGUUCGACGCAACUCCGGAGAAUCUGCCGCAUGGUGUCGUCACGCGAGGCUACCUGCUGGGCGACAACGGUUAUCCAGUUGCAUGUCCGUGGAUUGUGUCGCCAUACAGAGGAAUCGACCAAGGUGCUGACGAGGAGCGCUUCGACACGCGGCAAAAGGUGGCACGAGGGUGUGUGGAGAGGGCAUUCGGCCGACUCAAGUGGAUGUGGCGUCUGUUCUUGCGCACCCAUAAGACGAACUUAGAGACCUUGCCACAACAAUUCGUGGCUGUCUGCACUCUCCACAAUAUCCUCCUGAACGUGGGGAUCGACUUCGACGAGAACCUUCUGUGGGAGGUGGAUGCGAACGGCGUUCGGCGUAGAGUGGACUUGGGCAUUGUGGGGAACGGCGCACGCGGGCAGGGACGGUGCACAAACGUGGAAGGUGAAUUGUUGAGGGAUGCACUGCGAGACCGCCUAGCUUUGAUGUAGGACCGUGCGGUAGGGAGGUGGUGCACACGGGGUGGUUCGAUCGGUAGGCGGCUGGAGUUAUUACGUGGUC